AUGAGGAACAUUUUAUAUACUUCUUUAUAUUUGUUUUUGUUUAAUUCGUGUGUAUGCAAGUACGAAGGAAAUGAAGUGAAUAACGUUAAAAAUGGUGAUGUCACAAAUACAAGAAAACAUAAUUUAAGAAGUAAUGUCAAACAUGAUAAUAAUUUAUCUUACGAUAGUGCUAAUGAUGAACAGCCUCAUAAUUCCGAAGCAGUAAGUGUGGAUGAUCUUAAACAAGUUCCAGACCCUCCGGCUACUGAAACGUCUGUCAUUUCUCCCCCAAAUCAUGAAGAUGAAUCUCUUCAAAAUAUUGUUAACGAUAACUCUAUAAACACAUUAGAGGAGUCUAAUAUUAGUAACCAUUCAGAAGAAUUCCUCAAGUGUGAUAUAGACUGUCCCGAUUGUUCUGAAUAUUUCACAUGUCCUGACUGCCCUGAAAUCCCUGAUUGUCCCGAACCACUGGACUGCCAUGGACCUCUUGAAUGUCCUGAAACUCCUUAUUGUCCUCAUUCCUCCGAAUUCGGAGAUGACUCUCAAGAAGAUAGUGAUUCUGAUUGGGACAGUUUAAAUGAUUGUUGUAGUGACAGGUAUUAUGAUAAUGUCGACACCAUUGAUACACCAUGCGAUACAUUUGAAGGAGAAGAUCAAAAUGAAAAUGAAAUACAAGAAGCAAUUAACAAUACCCAAGAAGAAGCAGUUUUAGAAGUGAAUGCUGAAGAGGGGGUAGAGGAAGGUAAAGUACAACAUAAAGGACAGGAAAUAAAUGAAGAGAGUAUAGAGGCAGAUCAAGUACAACAUAAAGGGCAGGAAGGAAAUGAAGAGGGGAUAGAGGCAGAUCAAGUGCAACAUAAAGAGCAGGAAGGAAAUGAAGAGAUGGAGGCAGAUCAAGUACAACAUAAAGAGCAGGAAGUAAAUAAAGAGGGGAUAGAGGCAGAUCAAGUACAACAUAAAGAGCAGGAAGUAAAUGAAGAGGGGAUAGAGGCAGAUCAAGUGCAACAUAAAGAGCAGGAAGGAAAUGAAGAGAGGAUGGAGGCAGAUCAAGUACAACAUAAAGAGCAGGAAGUAAAUAAGAGGGGAUAG